GAGGUGGUGCAGGGACCAGCUACUCUGAGUGAGGUGGUGCAGGGACCAGCUACUCUGAGUGAGGUGGUGCAGGGACCAGCUCCUCUUAUCAUAAUCACUCAGAUAACAGGUGGCACUGUGUACCUGGCACCUCCAUAACUACUAGUUCUUUAGUUUCUGAAAGAUGGCGUCCAAAAUACCUGAUGUGUCGUCACUGGUGUCUAAGGCCCAGGCAGUUUUUACUGCCACAUAUGGUGGCACUGCAGAGGUAGCUGUGUCAGCACCUGGAAGAGUCAACAUUAUUGGAGAGCAUACUGAUUACAACGAUGGAUUUGUCUUUCCCAUGGCUCUUCCACUAGUAACUGUUAUUGUUGGACGCAAGACAAACACUUCAAUGUGCAAAGUGCAGACGCUCUCAGAAUUUGCAGAUAAGCCUCUACAAGUAGAAUUUAAGCCACCGUCUCUAUCAACACCUCUCAAACCUGGAACACCUAAUUGGGCCAAUUACAUUAAAGGAGUUGUUGCCAAUUUUCCUGGAGUUGUUAGUGGCUUUGAUGCAGUAGUAGUUACAUCAGUUCCACUUGGAGGUGGACUCUCCAGUAGUGCUUCACUUGAGGUAGCCACUUACACAUUCCUUGAGGCAAUCUCUGCAACUAAGGUCUCAAGUUUGAAAGAAAAAGCUCUAGCCUGCCAGAAAGCUGAGCAUGACUUUGCUGACAUGCCUUGUGGGAUCAUGGACCAAUUUAUUUCAACCAUGGGCAAAGAAGGAAAUGCACUUCUUAUUGACUGCAGAUCACUGGAAUCCACUUUAGUGCCACUGAAUGAUCCCUCCAUUAUAUUUGUCAUCACCAACUCAAAUGUGCGUCAUACACUCUCUGGAACAGAAUACCCUACUCGCCGUAAACAGUGCCAAGAAGCUGCAGAAGUGAUGAGAAAAAAGAGUCUACGUGAUGCAACACUAAAUGAUCUAGAAACUCACAAAUCUAGUCUGAGUGAAGAAGUAUACAAGAGAGGUCGGCAUGUUAUCUCUGAGAUUCUUCGCACGGAGAAAGCAGUGUCUGUACUCCAGAAGGCAGAUUAUUUUCAGUUUGGAAAGUUGAUGACUGACUCCCAUAAUUCCCUCAGGGAUGACUAUGAUGUAUCCUGCUCUGAGUUAGAUCAACUAGUGGAAGCUGCCCUUGAAGUUCCUGGUGUGUUUGGCUCAAGAAUGACAGGUGGUGGCUUUGGUGGCUGCACCGUCACACUGGUGCAACAAGAGUGUGUGGACAAGCUCAUCUCCCACAUACAGCAGAGGUAUAAUGGUAAACCUACGUUCUACGUUUGUGUUCCCUCAGAAGGAGCUCAGCAGUUAUCUCUUUAGAGCUCAAACAUGUUAAGCACAGUACAGUAAGCAAGAAAUACUUUACUGCAUUACUGUCUCACUGCCAUACCUGCCUUUGUAUUUUGUAUAAAUAUUGCAAAGCCAUAAAUUUGUAUUCUCUUAUGUACAGUUUUGAAGAAAAUAUAUUUUGUGUGCAUGAUUAUUUAUGAUUAACUGUUUGUAGUUACAGAAGCAAAACUUUCUUUUCUUUCAAUACACCGGCUGUAUCCCACUGAGGUGGGGUGUCCCAAAAAGAAAAAUGAGAGUUUCUUUUUUUAAAUUUAGUAAUGUAUACAAGAGAAGGGGUUACUAGCCCCUUGCUCCUGGCAUUUUAGUCGCCUUUUAUGACAUGCAUGGCUUACGAAGGAAGAAUUCUGUUCCACUUCCCCAUGGAGAUAAGAGGAAAUAAACAAGAACAAGAACCAGUAAAAAAAAAAAAAACCCAGAGGGGUGUGUAUAUAUAUGCUUGUCUAUGCAUGUGCAGUGUGACCUAAGUGUAAGUAGAAGUAGCAAGGCGUACCUGAAAUCUUGAAUGUUUACGAGACAGAAAAAAGACAACAGCUGUCUACUAACCUACUGCCUAGGAGAAGCAGAGCUAUGAGCUUUAUAUUCUGUCUUCAGCAAUCAGUUUGUCAUAUAACACAGCACUUCACAAUUUGCCAAUGGUUGUAGCACUUUCUGGCAACACUUGAAUCCUAUUACAGUGUUUAUUUCUUAUUCAUAAAGAUAGCCUUUCUAGUGUUCUUUUGCCACAAUUUUAUAUUUACUUUGCAAAUGUGCCCUCUUAUUUUCCCCUCUUAAUGUCAAGAAAUCAUCUUUAUUUUUUAAUAUCUUUUAUGAUUAUGUCUCUUCUCAGAUUAGUCAAUGAGGGCAUUUUUAGUAUUUUUAUUUUUCAAACAUUUUCUUUCAACUCUUGUAGUAAGUCUUUGGAAUUUUCCUUUCUUUUCAACAUGUUUUAUUUAAGAAUGAAAACCUCACUACUACAGCAGGGUAAUAUGCACUCUCCGUAAAGUAUAUGAAGGCUAAUUUCAAGUUUGCUAGUGUUGCAUUUGAGUUUUUAAUGAUUUCAUUCAUGCUGUCUUCCGGUGACAAUCUUCAGUUUGCAGUUAUUCUUAGUUUACUCCUUCUGGUUUCUUGCUUUCACUAUCUUAUCACAAUCUUAAAAAAUUUCUUGUAGCCUCUCUCUUUCCCAUGCUUUAUUAAGGUAUUUCCUUCAGGGUAACCCAAAAGAAAAAAUCGUUGUCAUCAUCUAGAGGUUUACAGUGAUUUUAUUACUUUGCAUAGGUUUUUUGCAUCUGCAAACAUGUGCUUUAUCCUGUUGGCAAACCAUUUAUGUAAAUUAGAAACAUCAGGGCUAGUUUCAUCUUUGUAGAGCCUUUCUAAAAAUAUUUUUUCUCUGAUGAUUGUUCACAUAUUACUUUUAAACAGAAUCUCUCAUCCAUUUAAAAGUUUAUAAUUUAUUCUUACAAUGUUCUGUAGUUUUCAUUCUUUCUUUGGUGGGAAAUUCUGUCAAAAGUCUCUGAAAUCUAAAUACUUUACAGGUCUCCCUUGGUUUAUGUGGAUUCUCUUAAGGAAUAUGCCCAUCAGUUUUUUUUACUGAGUAAUAGAUUUGCUGAUUGAUAACUGAACUGCUUAUUAGCAGGUUUAUAUUUCUCUAAUGACUUUAUCUGAUGCAUUUAUAACAACAUUUGUCAGUGAGACAGAUCUGUAGUUCAGAGGAUCUUCCAUCCUACAUUUUUUUUUUUUUUAGUAUCUGCACAGUUUUUUUUUUUUCAUUUAUCCUCCAGGUGACCUCCUUAUAAAGAAGUCCCAAACUUUUUACAAAGUGGAUACCUUAGUUCUUCAUAUUCUUUUAAGAUCUAAGGUGGUAUCUCCUUGGGUAUCUCCUUGCCUUUAUUCUGUUUUUUCUCUCAUAAUUAGUUAGCUAUUUACAAACAUGAAUAAAAGAUUUGGUUCCACCUUUCUUUUUCAAAGUUUCUUUCCUAAUUACAGAUGUAUGUAAAUAACUUUUUGACUUUUUCUAACCCUUUCAGGGUCCGUGCCAUAGAUCUACGGCUUUGAGUUGAGGGUCCAAACCGUAGAUCUAAGCCAUGAGCUCAGCUCACUCUGAUAAGCUGUGAGCGGUAAAUUUGGGCCUAGAUAGGAGAGAAUACAUCCAUGUGGUAUGUGUGCACCACAUAUAACAAAUCCUGCAGCACACAGUGCAUAAUCAAAGAAAAACCGAGACCAUAAUUUUUUAUUAAAACAGCGACUUUGCAGUGUUUUUUCAUCUGUUUUUUAUAGUUGUAUUUGCGAUUUCUUGGUCUCAUUUGAUUGAACGAAAGAUAUAUCACAGAAAUAGAGAUGAUUUUGAUUGGUUUUAGUACUGGAAAUGGCUUGAAACUGAGCUCAAAGUAGAGGAAAUGUUAAAUUUUUGCCGAUGUUCGAGAGUAAACAAGUGACCUCACACGUCUAAUACACACCAGCUGGUGGUCUAGUAUAUGUUCACAAAUGUGGUGAUAUUAUUUAUACAAUUACGUAUUACAAUAUUGCAUAACAGUAAAUCUUUUAUUUUUGGGUUUGAAUAAAAAUUCAUUAUGUGAAUAAAAAAUAAAAAUGGAAUUCAUUUGUAAAACCUGAAAACAUAACUGAUGAACAAAGGAAAUGUUAGUUUAGUUCCAGGAAUACCUACAUUGUUUAUUCUGGACCCUAUUUUGAAAUUGGAAUAUUUUGAACUUUGCCUUAAAUUGGCCAAAUUACCAUUUUCCAAUCACUUUAUUUUGUAGUUGAAACAGUUGAGUUGACAAUUCUUGUGCUCAAUUAAUAGAAUAGAAGUAAUACUAGUGAAAUAGCUAAGAAUUUGGUCGACUGGAAUAAUGUAAUUGGCCUAUAAUGGGAGUCAAAGUUGGCAAAAUCACCGGUGCAUAAAUAUCGAGAGCAUAAUUUCAUCAGUUUUCCAUCAAAUUUCGUACUUUUUGUUUUAUUACCUCCAGAAAAAGAUUCUCUACCAUUUCAUAAGAAAAAAAUAAUUUUUUUUUUGAAAAUUCUUGGACCCUGGUGCGCACUUUGAAAUUUGGCCUUUGGACCCUGAAAGGGUUAAUCUGAUAAGCCUCUGGGUUGGCACAUUUCAUGUCAUGUUUCAAGUUGCUUUUUUUCGUAUGUUUGUUUUAUGGAUCUUCAGCACCUGUUAACCAUUCUUUGUUGUUUUAUCUUGUUUCUUUUUUGGGGGGGGAAUUAACUACAGUGGACCCUCCCUUUUUGUCGAUUUCCGGUAUCGCCAAUUUCGGUUUUGGCUGAGUUUUAUCGUUGAUUUUAUGGUUCUGUUUUCGUCGAUUUCCUCCGUUUUUGUCAGUCGUACAGAACCUGUCCAGUGUCCAGCAUGCAGACAAAGCCGCCUCCCACACGCAUUCUCACGCAGUGUAGCAUUGUUUCUCGCUGAGUGAACAUAUCCUGCCAGGUCAUACGAAACAUUUCAUAAUAAUCCACUGUUUUUGCCACUUGUUUAUUGUGUGUGACUACUAAAUAGGUGACCAUGGCCCCAAAGAAAGCUCCUAGUGCCAGUGCUUCAGUAAAGAAAGUGAGAAACACCUUAGAACCGAAAAAGGAAAUCCUAAGAAAAUAUGAUAGUGGCAUAUGCAUUGCUGAACUCGGCAGGAUGUAUGGGAAGUCCCCAUCAAAAAUCAGCUCCAUUGUGGCAAAGAGAAAAGAAAUCAUGGCAGCUGAUGUUGCAAAAGAGGUGAAUGUGAUAACCAAACAGAGAUCCCAAACAAUUGAAGAAGUGGAGAAAUUGUUGUUGGUGUGGAUCAGAGAGAAAGAGUUAGCAGGAGACAGUGUUGUACAGUCCAUAAUUUGUGAAAAGGUAAGGCAGUUGCAUGAUGAUCUCAUAAGGAAACUGCCUGAAACAAGUGCUGAUGUAGGUGAAUUUAAGGCCAUCAAAGGCUGGUUCAAAAAAUUCAAGAAGUGAAGUGACAUACACAGUGUUGUAAGGUACGGUGAGGGUGCCAGUUCAGACAAACAAGCGGCUGAAAAAUUUGAGUGGGAAUUCAAAGGUUAUGUAGAGACUGAAAAAUUCCAACCCCAACAAGUGUUUAAUUGUGACGAAAAAGGCCUAUUUUGGAAGAAAAUACCAAAGAAGACCUAUAUUACGCAGGAGGAAAAAGCAUUCACAGGACACAAGCCUUUGAAAGACAGGCUAACUCUCUUGUUGUGCGGUAAUGCUAGUGGGGAUUUCAAAGUGAAGCCUUUACUGGUGUAUCACUCUGAAAAUCCCAGAGUGCUCAAGAAAAACAGUGUUGUCAAGAGUAAACUGUGUGUGAUGUGGAAGGCUAACAGUAGGGCAUGGGUCACUAGGGAAAUUUUCCUGGAAUGGUUCAAUGAAGUGUUUAGUCCCAGUGUGAAAAAAUACCUCCUGGAUAAUAAAUUGCCACUCCAGUGCCUCCUGAUAAUGAACAAUGAUCCUGCUCAUCCUCUGGAGUUGGAAGACCAAUUGUCUAUGGAAUUCAGUUUUGUAACAGUGAAGUUCUUGCCUCCUAACACCACUCCUCUCAUCCAGCCCAUGGACCAGCAGAUCAUUGUAACCUUCAAAAAAUUGUACACCAAAGCAAUGUUUCAGUGGUGCUUUGACUUAACCUCAGGCUCUGAAUUGACCCUAAGAGAGUUCUGGAAGAAUCACUUUAAUAUCUUCCAUUGCAUAAGCUUUAUAGAUAAGGCUUGGCAGGGAGUGACUUCCAGGACAAUGAACUCUGCUUGGAGAAAAUUGUGGCCAGAAUGUGUCCAAGAGAGGGAUUUUGAAGGGUUUGGAGCUGACCCUGUCGCCCCUACACCUGUUGUGCAAUCAAUUGUGGCACUGGGAAAUUACAUUGGGUUGGAUGUGGGUGGUCAAGAUGUGGAAGAGUUGGUGGAGGACCACAAUCAAGAGCUAACCACUGAUGAGCUGCAAGAGCUUCAUCUGCAACAGCAACAGACCACGGCACAGGAAAUUGCUACAGAGGAGGAGGAAGAGAAAUGGAAGCAGGUGCCUUCAGAGAUUAAGGAGAUUUGUGCAGUGUGGACUAGGGUGCAGUCAUUUAUGGAGCUAUUGCAUUUAUGAAAGUUAUUGCAGUCUGUGCUGGCGACUUUUACAAUGACAAUGCUAUGUCCCAUUUUAGGGAAAUUUUAAAAACUCCCAAAACACACCUAUCUAGACAGAUAUUUUGUGUGACAGGGGUCCAGUGACUCUCAAGCUGGUCCUAGUGACAUUAAAAUACAAAGAAAGGAAGUAACCCCAGAGAGCAACUUGUUACCUGAAGUCAUUAUAGAGGGGGAUUCCCCUUGCAAACAAUAACCUCUCUUCCCUUUCCUCCUCCCUGUCUUCCAUCCAUCAACAACAGCCUUCAAUAAAGGUAAGUGUUAUGUGGAAUGUUCAUUCUUUUGUGCAUGUAAAUCUGUCUUUAGAGUAAAAAAAUUUGUUUUUGUUGAUACUUCUGGGUGUCUAGAAUGGAUUAAUUCGAUUUACAUUAUUUCUUAUGGGGAAAAUGGCUUCGGUUUUGGCUGAUUUCAGUUUUCGCCGAUUGCUCUGGAACAGAUUAAACAUGAAAACCGAGGGUCCACUGUAUUUUGUUUUUCUAAAAUACAGUGGACCCCCGGUUAACAAACUUUUUUCAUUCCAGUAGUAUGUUCAGGUGCCAGUACUGACUGAAUUUUUUCCCAUAAGGAAUAUUGUGAAGUAGAUUAGUCCAUUUCAGACCCCCAAACAUACACGUACAAACGCACUUACAUAAAUACACUUACAUAAUUGGUCGCAUUUGGAGGUGAUCGUUAAGCGGGGGUCCACUGUACUGUCAAAGAUUAUCAUAGUUAACUUUAUUAUAAUCUAGUUAACUUUUUGUAUUUUGCUUUUUCCUUGCCUAAGGUAGUAUAUUGCAACACAUGUUGAUUCCAUUAAAAUGUGUUUGCUUUUUCCCCAGCAGGUUUAAAUAAUCUACAAUGUACAAUGGAACCUUGUCUUACAAGUGUCCUAAUGUACAAGUUUUUUGAGAUAUGAGCUGUCCCUGGGUUAAUUUUUUCCUCUGAGUUAUGAGCCAGCUCCCCCUGCUUCCCCAGAGCCAGCUCCCCCUGCUUCCCCAGAGCCUGCUUCCCCAGAGCCAGCUCCCCCUGCUUCCCCAGAGCCAGCUCCCCCUGUUUCCCCAUCAAUGCAAAACCUGGAGACCUCGCUUGUUUAUCUAUGAUUUCGUGCUUUAAUUCCAUGGAAAUCAUCCUCUUUUUCUUCCCAGCAUUGUCCUUUACACUUACUUUCUUAGGACCCAUGCUUAGAAAAACGAAAUUUGGCCAAAUGACUGUCAAAAAUGUAAGCAAAGCAUGAGAGAACUGCUCUCACAGCGAGGUAAACAGUGCACCGAGCUGGUGGCGUUUGUUAUUAUAAUAAUAAUAAUUAUUAUUAUGAUAGUCACUUUAUAUAAACAGUUUGAGAUUUCUUUACAUUCUGUAGUGUAUUAUGAUUUAUUAUGCUUUUAUAUACAGUGGACCCCCUCUUAACGAUCACCUCCCAAUGCGACCAAUUAUGUAAAUGUAUUUAUGCCUAGCCAUGCUAGGCGUUCUAGUGGUACACUCUGUAAUCAUUAUUUAACUACAUGUAAACCACACAACAACCAAAUUCUGUAAAUUCAACAUUGUAAUCUUUAUAGAGAAUAAACUUUGAAUUUGAAUUUGAAUUUGAAUGUAAGUGCGUUUGUACGUGUAUGUUUGGGGGUCUGAAAUGGACUAAUCUACUUCGCAAUAUUCCUUAUGGGAACAAAUUCGGUCAGUACUGGCACUUGAACAUACUUCUGGAAUGAAAAAAUAUCGUUAACCGGGGGUCCACUGUACUAUAUUUCUGCAAUUAGCCUCACAAAUACUUCAUUUUCUCUUACAAUAAGAGCAUAGGAAGAUACAUAAAUCAAAGUUAGACAGGAAAUGGUGGACGCUUCCACCGCUGCCUCAGCCACCAUAUUAUGGCCUAUUUUAUUCGUUCUAGAGUAUAUAUCAUGUUUCUGUGUUAAUUAUAUUGUUUAUUUUUCAUAUUAGAUGAAUUGUGAUAGAUAAAUAAUCCAUACAGUUGAUAUUAGUGUCAUAUUCAAGUAUUUUGUCUUGUCUCCAGAGUGCAAGAACAGAUUAAUGGCUUUUGAAUUAUUGUAAUUUAAAUGAGGAAAAUUUAUUUGAUAUACGAGUAAAUUGAGUUACGAGCUAGCUCCUGGAACAGAUUAAACUCGUAAGUCAAGGUUCCACUGUAUUUAGAGUUUCUUCCUGUAUACAGUGGACCCCCGGUUAACGAUAUUUUUUCACUCCAGAAGUAUGUUCAGGUGCCAGUACUGACCGAAUUUGUUCCCAUAAGGAAUAUUGUGAAGUAGAUUAGUCCAUUUCAGACCCCCAAACAUACACGUACAAACGCACUUACAUAAAUGCACUUACAUAAUUGGUCGCAUUCGGAGGUGAUCGUUAUGCGGGGGGUCCAUUGUACUAGUAAAUACUGAGUAAUGUGAAUGUGUCGCCCUAUCAUGCUCACAUUGUUGUUUUAAGGUGCUGAUAUAUUAAAUAUUUUUUACAUCGUUUCCCUUUCCAACCUCAUAGUAUGUCUUUGAUGAUGGUAAUUCUUUGCAGUCUAAUUCUUCUGUGUAAUGUUAAACUGAGUGUUAUAUGCAUUGUCAGGUACAAUGAUAAUCACAGUAGCCAAUAAAUACUAUAUCUUAUAUUAAAGUUUAUUCAUUUACUGAAGAUCACAGUCAUCAGUAAGUAUCAAAUAUUUAAUAUCAUAUGCUGUGAUGUUUUCACACUUUUGGUAUGACAGCUAUUGAAUGAAUGAUGGUGAAUGUGUUUACCAUUUUUUUUCUGGUAACCUUACCAGAAGAGCGAUUGGUGGAAUGAUGUUGUAAAGAGAGUAGUAAGGGAGAAAAAGUUAGCAUAUGAGAGAUUUUUAAAAAGUAGAAGCGAUGCAAGGAGCGAAGAGUAUAUUGAGAGAAAAAGAGAGGUUAAGAGAGUGGUGAACCAAUGUAAAAAGAGAGCAAAUGAGAGAGUGGAUGAGAUGUUAUCAACAAAUUUUGUUGAAAAUAAGAAAAAGUUUUGGAGUGAGAUUAAUAAGCUGAGAAAGCCUAGGGAACAAAUGGAUUUGACAGUUAAAUAUAGGAAAGGAGAGUUAUUAAAUGGAGAGUUAGAGGUAUCGGGAAGAUAGAGGGAGUAUUUUGAGGAAUUGUUAAAUGUUGACGAAGAUAGGGAAGCUGUGAUUUCAUGUAUAGGGGAAGGAGGAAUAACAUCUUGUAGGAGUGAGGAAGAGCCAGUUGUGAGUGUGGGGGAAGUUCGUGAGGCAGUGGGUAGAAUGAAAGGGGGGUAAGGCAGCUGCGAUUGAUGAGAUAAAGAUAGAAAUGUUAAAAGCAGGAGGGAUAUAGUUUUGAAGUGGUUGGUGCUAUUAUUUAAUAAAUGUAUAUAAGAGGGUAAGGUACCUAGGGAUUGGCAGAGAGCAUGCAUAGUUCCUUUGUAAUAAGGCAAAAGGGCUAAAAGAGAGUGCAAAAAUUAUAGGGGAAUAAGUCUGUUAAGUAUACCUGGUAAAGUGUAUGGUAGAGUUAUUAUUCAAAGAAUAAAGAGUAAGACAGAGAGUAGGAUAGCAGAUGAACAAGGAGGCUUUAGGAAAGGUAGGGGGUGUGUAGACCAAGUGUUUACAGUGAAACAUAUAGGUGAACGGUAUUUAGAUAAGGGUAAAGAGGUUUUUGUGGCAUUUAUGGAUUUGGAAAAGGCAUAUGACAGGGUGGAUAGGGGGGCAAUGUGGCAGAUGUUGCAGGUGUAUGGUAUAGGAGGUAGGUUACUGAAAGCGGUGAAGAGUUUUUGCAAGGAUAGCAAGGCUCAGGUUAGAGAGGGAGAUUAUUUCCAAUAAAAGUAGGCCUAGACAAGGAUGUGUGAUGUCACCAUGGUUGUUCAAUAUAUUUCUAGAUGGGGUUGUGAGAGAAGUGAAUGCUAGGGUCUUGGCAAGAGGUGUGGAGUCAAAAGAUAAAGAAUCAAACACAAAGUGGGAGCUGUCACUGUUGCUCUUUGCUGAUGAUGCGGUGCUUUUGGGAGAUUCUGAAGAGAAGUUGCAGAGGUUGGUGGAUGAAUUUGGUAGGGUAUGUAAAAGAAGAAAAUUAAAAGUGAAUAUAGGAAAGAGUAAGGUCAUGAGGAUAACAAAAAGAUUAGGUGACGAAAGAUUGGAUAUCAGAUUGGAGGGAGAGAGUGGACGAGGUGAAUGUAUUCAGAUAUUUGGGAGUGGACGUGUCAGCAGAUGGGUCUAUGAAGGAUGAGGUGAAUCACAGAAUUGAUGAGGGAAAAAGGGUGAGUGGUGCACUUAGGAGUCUAUGGAGACAAAGAACUUUGUCCGUGGAAGUAAAGAGGGGAAUAUAUGAGAGUAUAGUUGUACCAACACUCUUGUAUGGGUGUGAAGCAUGGGUGAUGAAUAUUGGAAUGAGGAGAAGGCUGGAGGCAGUGGAAAUGCCAUGUCUGAGGGCAAUGUGUGGUGUGAAUAUAAUGCAAAGAAUUCGUAGUUUGGAAAUUAGGAGAAGGUGUAGGAUUACCAAAACUAUUAUCCAGAGGGCUGAGGAGGGGUUGUUGAGGUGGUUUGGACAUGUAGAGAGAAUGGAACAAAACAGAAUGACUUGGAGAGUGUAUAAAUCUGUUGUGGAGGGAAGGUGGGGUAGUGGUCGGCCUAGGAAGGGUUGGAGGGAGGGGGUACAGGAGGUUUUGUGUGCGAGGGGCUUGGACUUCUGCCAAGCGUGCAUGAGCGUAUUUGAUAGGAGUGAAUGAAGACAAAUGGUUUUUAAUACUUGACGUGCUGUUGGAGUGUGAGCAAAGUAACAUUUAUGAAGGGAUUCAGGGAAACCGGCAGGCCGGACUUGAGUCCUGGAGAUGGGAAGUACAGUGUCUGCACUCUGAAGCAGGGGUGUUAAUGUUGCAGUUUUAUAACUGUAGUGUAAAGCACCCCUCUUUUUCGGGCCACCCUGCCCUGGUGGGAAUCGGCCAAUGUGUUAAUAAAAUAAAUUAAAAAUAACCUUACUUUAAUUCUUCCUCUGUAAGCCAUACAUGUAAGAAACGAUUAAAAUUUAAAAGGAGAAACUUUUGUUUUUCUUCUUGGGCCACCCUGCCUCGGUGAGAUACAGUCAGUUUGUUGAAAGAAGUAGAAGAACCUUACCUUAGUGGGAGAUGGUUGGUGUGUUAUAAAAAUUAAUUUAUUAAUUUAAUCAUUAUCUGUAUAAAUAUUCUGGUUGUUUCUCACUUUUAUUUUUUG